AUGGACCGCUUCAAAAAAUUCCUGAAGGGGAAGAAGAUCGAUAAACAUUUCAAAAAGACUGGUGAAGGGGUACGACUGGGCGGUCCGGGCUCGGAUCCAUCACGACAGCCUUCGGUUCAUCCCGGAUCAUCACAGGGAGGACACUCGGAGAUUGACCGGGUUGCCGCCGCCGACAUUGCUGCGCAAGCGGCUUACAAGAGAACCCUUGCAAAGGAGGAGCCCAAGACCACGUAUGGACAGAAGAAAAUUCAGAUGCUGGCUAGGCGAGAAAUUGAAGAAGAGCGUCGCAAGCAGCAGGGUGGCCUGGAAAGUGAUAUGGAGAAACUGGGCAUCCAACAACCGCAUCAGCCCGACGAGCGCGAAUUCAUCCACAGCGACGUGAUCAAGGGCGUCUAUUACACGUGCGACCUUAUUGGCGAGGACCAGGCGAUGGAGAAGAAAGAGCUCCAAAAUGUCUUGGAGGAGUUCCUGCGCGAGCAGAUCAAGAGCGACCCUUCGGAGACGCUGAUUCCGGCCGUGAUGAUGCUCUACACCCUGAAUAAGAAGGAGCAACGACAGAUUGCCGUUGAAACUAUUUGCAAAUAUCUUCAGAACAUCGCCGAAUUCCCCGACGAGCCAAAGUACCGGCGAAUCCGACUGAGCAACAAGGCGUUCCAGGAGCGUGUGCUCAAUGUGAAAGGAGGCUACGAGAUUCUCACCGCCGCCGGCUUCACCGAACAACGCGAUGGCGACGAGGCGUUCCUGGUCAUCCCCGAGGAUAAGAAACCCGGUGUACAACUUGAGAAUAGGGAGAAGCCCGUGAACAAUAUAGGCGUA